UCCGUCACCAUGUACUCGACUUUAGUGGAGGCAUUUCGGGAAGCUCCGAAAGAUCCCGUGUAUAUACCCCUAUUUAGUUCUCCCUUAGCAGCAAUAAUCAUUGUCCUGAUCUAUUUGCUGUUGAUUUUUAAAAUUGGUCCUGAUUUUAUGGAGUGCCGCAAGCCCUUGAAUGUGACAAGUGCCAUGCUGAAAUACAACAUCUUUCAGAUCGUAAUAAAUGGGAUAAUGUUUGGAUUGGGCUGCUACUAUUUAUUCGUGAAAAGAGUCUAUGACGUGCGAUGCUUGGAGGCGAUGCCUUUGGAUCAUCCAGGAAAGAAUGAGGAUCGCCUGGUGGUCUACAUCUACUUCUUAAACAAGGUGCUUGACCUUUGUGACACCCUAUUCUUUGUUCUGCGAAAGAGCUACAAGCAGAUCACAGUGCUUCAUGUUUAUCAUCACGCCUUGAUGGUUUUGGGUGUGCCAAUAACAUACUAUUUUUAUGGAAGCAGCGGGCCGUAUCUUCUGAUGGGCUACAUCAACUCCUUGGUGCAUGUGGUCAUGUAUGGAUACUACUACGCAGCUGCCCUGUAUCCGGGUGUCAGGGACAAGCUCUGGCUUAAGAAAUCCAUUACCACGAUGCAGAUCGUUCAGUUCAUUAUCCUUUUUAGCCACGCAGCGGUGACCUGGUUGCUGAAUAAAAAAUGCUCAGUGCCCGGGUUCAUGCACUUUGUUGAGCUUAUUGUCGCCAUUUCCAUGAUAGUGAUGUUUGGGAACUUUUACUAUCAAACCUAUUGCAGAGCCAAGAGCAAAUCGAAUUGA